CAAGCGACAACGGCAACCAGUUUUGUAUCUUGUCAAUCAACGUAAUCGCGCAAUUUUUCUUUUAAUAUAUAUAUUUAGAAAAAAAUCUCACGAGUGAAAGUUUGUUGUUAUUUACUUGAGAAUCAAACAACAUGGCUUCCGUUCCGGCAGCCCGAAGUGCUCGCUUGGCUCGCGAAAUUUUGAAUUUCGAAACAAGGCCGCCAUGGGGUAUUUCUUGCGUACCAGCUGAAAAGGAUAACUUCGAUGUGCUCAUUGCCACUUUGAACGGGCCUAGAAACACUCCGUAUGAGAACGGCAAGUUCAAAGUGCGGAUCACAAUACCUGACAUGUACCCGUACGAACCGCCUCUUGUGAAAUUCGCCACACCUGUGUACCAUCCUAAUAUUGACAGAGGUGGUCGUAUUUGCAUGGACAUGCUGAAAAUGCCUCCGAGGGGAGCCUGGGUGCCGACAAUCACUCUGGAAACUUUACUCGUAUCACUCCAGACCCUAUUGGCUAAUCCUAACCCUAAUGACCCUCUGAUGAUGGACGUAGCCAACGAGUAUAAGCAAGACAGAGAUCAGUUCAUGCUAAAUGCUAAGUUAUACACAGAGAAAUAUGCCGUUUAAAAGUAAUUUUUUUCCUUUUUUUCUCUACAGAAGAGAAACAGGUGAUAUUUGAAUCUUUAGUUAAACAAUGUGUUUGUUGUAAAAUACAUUUAAAAAUAAAAAUAUAGCUAAUAAAAGGGAAAGGGAAUCACAGGUAUGUCAGACUGGUGUAAUAGUGAGCAGUCUAGUUUGACUCUCAGACAUUCUUAAUAUGUGAUGCCAUAGAAUUACUUUUACUUUUGAUUAUAGAAAAAUACAUUUUAAUAAAUUCUUAAGGUAGUGAAAUGUAGUAUGUACUGAAUUUAAGUAAGUAACAUAAUUAGUUCUACAUUCAUUCAUGUUUUUUAAUGUAGACAAUGAGCAUUUGUCCACGAUUUAGAUUUAAGAGAUUUAUAUUUGUAAAUUGACAUCUGCUGAAAAUACUGCAGUGUAGUUUGUUCCGCCGCUUCUUCUACACAUGCGCUUUGGAAGUGGUAGUAGAUUUAAGUGAUGUGUCAUCAAUAAGUGAUACUUUGUAUCCAAUUUUGAAAAUAAAUCUAUUCUAAAUUUUUGUGUAAAGUACAUUUUAAUUGUUUUUGUGAUUGGCCUGGGUCUUGGAUGUUUAUCUAUAUAAGUAUUUAUUUUAAAAUAUUGUAUUGUUGAGUUAGUAUCUCGUAACACAAGUUUCCAACUUACUACGAGGCUAACUCAAUCUGUGUAAUUUGUCUAAAAAAAAAAACAAAAGUUAAUGCAUUUCCAAGACACAGGUGGGGUCUUUCAUAUGCAUAAAACAAAUUUAAUGGUUAUACAUAGGUAGAAAAAUGAAUACAAAGGCCCCUGAAUUACUGAAUAAUUAAGAAUAAUCAGAAUUUUGAUUCAUUUCAUUUCAUCAUUGCCGCGUGGAGUCCUCCACAUAUAGGCCUUUCACAAACUGAUCAGUUGAAUGCUUUCGAAGUCGUUUUUCGAGAAACUACUUACAUCCUAUUUUUAUAGACAUUGAUAUAAUCAUGCUUCGAUACCGGAGGGUUAGGCAGAAACUACAUUCAUAUAAUAAAAAUAUACAACAAAACAGAGAAAAUAGCUUGCACUGAAAUUAUUUUUUGUAAUAACUAAGAAAAUUUUUCAAAUGAUCACAUACCUAUUUAGAA